AUGAAGGUUGUUUGCUGCAGUCGUUUUUGGUUUGUUUGUUUGUUUUUCCCUCCUUCUCUCUUUUUUUUACUCAGUUUUUGCUCCAAAUUCUCAGGUUAUAAAAAUUGCCUGACUGUGAUCAACCAUCAUCCUCACCUCCGAGCAAGUCCUAGCUACUCUGCAGUACCCUCUACAGAGGACCCAGGAUAUAGCUGGAGAACUGUGAUAAACAGUGCAGCAGAUUUUUAUGCAGAUGAUUCUGUCUACCAUACACUGCAGAAUACUCCAGAAAGCCAAGUGAUGCAUGCUGCUGCUGUCCAGCCAAAAGCAGGGAAAGGUAGAAAAAAACUUCGUCUGUUUGAGUACCUCCACGAGUCUCUGUAUGAUCCAGCCAUGGCAAACUGCAUCCAAUGGGUGGAUAAGCCCAAUGGUGUCUUCCAGUUUGUCUCCAAAAACAAGGAGAAACUUGCAGAGCUGUGGGGAGAAAGAAAGGGAAACCGCAAGAUCAUGACAUAUCAGAAAAUGGCCAGAGCACUGAGGAAUUAUGGAAGAACAGGUGAAAUUAUUAAAAUUCGAAGGAAGCUGACAUACCAGUUCAGUGCUGUUGUUUUACAAAGACUUGCUCCAUCCUACUUCUUGGGAAAAGAAACUGUUUAUCAUCCAUACAUUCAGCCUAAUCAAGAAUAUCAAUGUGCAGAUGACUGGACCAAUUACAACAGUUACAUGUAUAACAAUGGUUAUGCAUUACAGCAUGCUAACAGCUAGACAUCGCAUAAACAGCUCAUAAUAUUUUCCAGCACAGAAACUCUUCUCUAUACAUAGCUUUUCCUAUAUUAUAUCAUGCAAAUACAUGAAGAGGGCUUAAAAAAUGAUCUUAACCUACUUUGUUCCUUUUGAAGUUACCAGCAAAUAGUCAUUGAAUAUUGAAGAAAAACAGCAGUUGUAGGGAAGAUUCUGUUCUCUGUGGCAUUAAUCAAAGGAAGUACAUCAAAUUAAAACUAGUAUAUCCAAGAUAGGGAUCAAAACUUUUGUCUGCAGUCUGGAUCAAAGAUCCCAUCCUGAUAAUGCUCAUUCAUUUCAUCGGAAGUUCUGUGCAUAUCCCCAACUUUCCAAUCAGAAUGCAGAUACUGUUGUACCAUAGCUCACAAUUGGAUGCACGUGAAUUAGAAAGAGAAGAGGUUUAGCAACUGUGCUAAGCUACUGUCUGCUUUUUCAUCAAUGCUCUUUAUUAAGAGAUGAUUUCUGAGUGAAUCCCUGGCUGGACUAUAGAGUCCACAUGAAGGUGCACCUGUCAGCCAAGUUAUUAAUCCUUAAUCACUUAUAUUAACAUAUUUUAGCACAGAUCCUGACACAUGGUAUUAGGAUCACCAGGUGUGCAUUUCACUGUUGGCAGGGGAUUAUUUGAGAAAGAGACCAUACCACAACAGAAUUAGCAAAGGAUUAUGCUUUUUAUGAAGAUAUUUACAGUUCUCCCCCACUAAUAUGAGAAGACAUACUUUUGUCCACCAGUUCUAUACUCAGCUGAUGAACCCAGCUUUGUUAUUUACAACUACCUUUGGAGUUACAACUCUACAUAUAGAAAUACAGUAUUGCUUCUACAGCUUUUUUUCUGCAAUGGUACUCUUGUUGAGAGACUCAGUAAUUUUAUCUUCUCUUCAUGGAAAAGAAGAGAAAAUUUAGAUAAAAAAAGCGAGUACUAUCCCCUUACACCAGGAUGAUACCAUUAAGUACUCUCUUUCUGAUACUUCUAUUCAUUUGUCAGCUUGGUUGUUUGCUAGGAUACUUCCAUUUGACUGCAUUCAAUUUUAUAUUCUACAUUUUGCUUCAAGUGACAGCAGGUUCAAGUAGAAAUAAAAAGAAAAUUGAUGUCUGUGAAGAGGUAUACAUGGUGGCUUUCAUGAAACUCACUGACUUUAAUAGUUACCACUUGCUCUAACUCCUGCUUACAUCUACAGGGAAAUUAUUUUAUGUAAUAGACACAGUGCAACAUACUCCACUCCAACAAAAUUCAAGAUUUUGUGUUAAUAUUUUGGUUAAGAUGUGACCCUUAGAAAUAUGAGGUAUAUUAAACAACAAAAUAAGCAGACCAUAACUGUGUUGUUGUUAAUAUUUUGAGUAUAGUUUUCCAUACGUAAACUUUUCUAUAAAAUAGACGCAAGAUACCUCUAGUUGUAUGUAACUGAGUCUGGAUUCUGCUGUAGCACUGAGUGUAGUGGGAUUUUUACAAAGGACUGAGAUCUUUGAGUCAGGAUGCUCUCACUGUGUGAGCACCUACCUAAAUACAACAUUUUGAAUAUCAUAAUGAACAUAAAUUUGAUGAGAAACGCAUGAUAAUUUACAAAACAUCUGUCACCGGUUGCACUCUGACUUUAUGUUACUUACAAGGCUGGUAACAUACACUGCAAUAAGAAUCUACCUUGUGUAAAAUGCUUACUUUGUCAAUGUGUUUAGGUUCACUUUUCUGAGCCUCAUCUACUUGUUAAGGAAAUAAAUUUUUUUAUUCCAUUAA